UGGGUACUCUCAGCGAGGACUAUGUUCAAUAUGCCUGCUACUAUUUACUAAUAGGGCAAAUAUCUUCUUUGACGCGGUAAGAGGGUGUUUACUUAGUAUCUAGCAGGGUUGCAUGUGAGACUUUGACUCCGAACAUCACGUACAUUUCACUGCAGUCCUCGGCGCUGCUCCUGACAGCAGUUAUUCUUCACGAUGACGGCAAAUAAAUAUAGAGUUGGUUUGGUGUUUACACAGUUGAUGGACAGCUGAACUUUUGAUUACGUUUUAGGUAUCCGCCAUUUUGAUUUCCAAAUCUGACAGAUAUUUUGUUGGCUGCCUGCUGAUGUAUAAUUUGAACAGUGUCAACUCAGCCGAUCCACAGACCUACCACCGUGUAACAGCAGCGUAAAUGACAUUGCAACCGGGAAAGGGUAGUAGUAUCUCCAAGCUAACAACGCAGACAUGAACAGCCAGGCAUGGGCCUCUGGGUGACCUGACAGCCAAAGUCGCUGAGUUGCCGUUAAGCGCGCAGAUGACGACUGGUAAAAUGAUGGACAAAAGGUUGCAGCCAAUCUUUUCUGGAUUUGUGCAUCAGGUGUUCGUGUUUACGUUGAGUGAAUUUGCUGAUACUGACUGAUGACCAGACCAAAAAUGUCAACAAGGCAAAUGGCUGUUUAGCAAGACCUGACUGAGUGUACAUACCUGGUCCAAAUCUAAGUGUGCCUGUGAUAUCAGCCAUGUUUUGGAAAUUUGACUUACACACAUCCUCACACCUGGAGGCUUUACUGGACAAGGAGGAUGUCACACUCUCUGAGCUCAUGGAUGAGGAAGAUGUGCUGCAGGAGUGCAAGGCACAGAACAGGAGACUUCUCCUGUUCCUGUGCCAGGACCAGUGCAUGCAAGAACUGGUCCGUAUGAUAACAACUGAGCCCCCUGCUGGUGUAGAAGAGACAAAGCGCUUUAAGUUUCCAAAUAUAGCAUGUGAGCUGUUGACAUGCGAUGUGGGAGUGAUCAAUGAUAAGCUGGGUAAUGAGGAACCUCUGCUGGAAUCUCUGUAUGCCUUCCUGGAGCAGCCAUCUCCACUUAACCCCCUCCUGGCAUCUUUCUUUAGCAAGACUAUUGGGAACCUCAUCACACGGAAGACUGAGCAGGUGAUCAGUUUUCUUAGACGCAAGGAGGGAUUCCUCUCCUUGGUCUUGAAGCAUAUUGAUACAUCAGCCAUGAUGGAUGUGCUCCUGAGACUUAUCAGCUGUGUGGAGCCUCCUCCCCUCCGACUUGAGACACUUACUUGGCUGAAUGAAGAGAAGCUGGCCCAGAGACUCAUAGAGCUCAUUCACCCUGAGAGAGAUGAAGAGAGGCAGUCUAAUGCAUCACAGACUUUGUGUGACAUCAUUCGUCUGAGCAGGGACCAGGCGAAUCAGCUCCAAGAGAUUUCACAGCCUGAUCCUUUACUUACUGUGCUGGAGUCACAGGAGUCUGUGGAGCAGCUGUUGCAGAACAUGUUCUCAGGAGAGCGUACUGAGAGCUGUAUCGUCAAUGGGAUUCAAGUUCUUCUCACAUUACUGGAAAUCAGGAGGCCAGUGGUGGAUGGUGUAAUGGAUGCUCAGGGAUUUGAGAGGAGUUACACUGUUAACAGCAGCAUUCUGCUGGCCAUUCAGCCACACCUAAAACACUUCCACCACCUACUCCUGGAGCCACCUAAGCGCAGUCCCAUGCUGACAACACUGGGUGUGCUGGAGGAGCCGUUGGGUAACACACGUCUCCACGUAGCCCGACUGGUGGCCUCUCUGCUGUACACGAGCUCUGCAAGCCACGCAGUUGUAGCACAGGAACUCUGCCAUCUCAAUACGAUGGACCUGCUUUUGGACUUGUUCUUCAAGUACACGUGGAACAACUUCCUGCAUCUCCAAGUGGAGCUCUGUGUUGCUGCCAUUCUCCGGCCCUGCGCCCAUGAAAUGAGACUUCAGUCAGGCUUAGGAACUCAGAAAGAAUUAAAGCCUAACCAGAAUUCUUCACAGGAUCAGGCUGCAUCUGAAACCACCUCAGAACUUUCAGACACCCUUGAUAACUCUGCACAUAAUCUAAUGGUGACACAUUUGUUUCAGCACUGCCACCUUGUCCAGAGGAUUCUAGGGGCUUGGGAGGAGAAUGAUAAAUUACAGUCAGAAGGCGGUAUGAGAAGAGGGUACAUGGGACAUCUGACCAGGAUUGCCAACACAGUUGUCCACAAUCUGGAGAAGGGACCAGUUCACACUCAGAUUAGUAGCCUAAUAACAGAGCUACCAGAUGACUACAGAGGGCGCUGGGAAACAUUUGUGGAUCAGACCCUGUCAGAGGCCAAUAGGAGGAAUACUAUAGACCUGGUUGGUACUGGAAACCCACGUCCUUCCUCAGAGGAUGAUAUGGAGAGCCCCUUCCCUAAAGAACUGACAUUACAGCAGGCGUUUUCAGACUACCAGAUACAGCAGAUGACAGCUAACUUUGUUGAUCAGUUUGGCUUCAACGAUGAGGAGUUCACUGAUCAUGAUGACAGCAUUGGGGCAACUUUUGAUCGAAUUGCAGAGAUCAAUAUCAACAUUGAUGCUGGCCAGGACAGUGCUAAUACAGCUGUGUUUGAGGCGUGUUCCAAGGAGAGGAUUCAGCCAUUUGAUGAUGAUGAAGAGGACAUUUGGGAGGAGAAAGAGAUCAGCUUUGCAACACAAACUAAGUCUCGUAACAGGUUUGGUGGGUCAAAUUUAUCGCAGAGCUCAGCGACUAGUAAAGCUUGUGAUAGAACAGCAGCUCCUUGUACUGAGGCCUCUGACAGAGCACCAGACUCAGACUCGGAGGAGGAGGAUCCUAAAGAUGAUCUGGAUCCUUUCUCAAGCCUGGCCCACAGCGAUGCAACAAAGAGCUCUGGCUGGACAGCAGACUUUGGAGAGGUUAACUCACAGGCUCCUGCAGCAGGAACAGGAUUUUCAGCCUGGGACACUGCAGACCCCCAACCAGCUGCCACAGAAGCAGAGGAGAAAGGAUGGGCCAAGUUCACUGACUUCCAGCCAUUCUGUUGCUCUGAAACAGGACCCAGAUGCAGCUCCCCUGUGGACUCUGAGCUCAGUGGAUCAGAUAACACGAAAUUAAACCAGAACCCGUGUGUGUGGAGUGUGUGUGUUGCAAGGAAAGCUCCACUGGUGGCAUCAGACUCCUCCUCCUCCAGCAGCUCAGAUAGCGAUGAGGAAGAAAGCAAGACGGAGUCUACGACCAGUGAGACCAUCACCACUGGAGCUGGAAAGGAGACCAUUCGGCUCACAGUGGACACCAAAAAUGAGAGGGCAGUCUUCAGCAGAGUUUUCAGACCAGCAGUUAGACGUGAUGCAGAUAAGGUACCAGCAGAGGGACUUUCCAUCACAGACAAAGAAAAAUCCAAUGAGAAAGAAAGUGAAAAAGGAAAGAAACAGGGAGACUGUCCCAGCCAAAAUACGGCCAGUCCAACAUCCCAGUCGGCAGCAGUCUCACAAGAGACACAGCCCUCUGCUAAUGGACCAGCCUAAUGAAGCAGCACAGACAUCCUUCAUAAUUCUCAUUCAACACACAUUCAUGCAACCUUUGCUUCCUGUUAGCAGUUCUCUGAAACCCCCUCAUGUGUCUGAAGAAGAGAAGGAGGUCCUCAUUGUUGAGGUCAAUUGGUCCUUCACAGUAUGUACGCUGGAAACCAUCCAUCUGAUCCUUCCUGCUCCUUUCAUAGCAUAAUUACAACUGAACCGCUUCAAAGAGGAAUGUUUGAUUUUAGGGCCAGAACCCCAAAGCCAAAUUGUUAGUCUACACUAGCUUUAAAAAAUGUGAUUUUCCCCAUGAACUCUGGAAACACAAACAAUGAUGAGCUGAGGUUACACUCAGUGUGCCAGCGUUGGCACUUUAAUACUAAAAAAAAGUCUAUAAGUAGACCUUUUUAUUUAAUCCAGAAUCAGAGUUUGAGAUUGUUUGAGCAUGUCAGCUCCCAGAGCAUUAAAUCCCAGCCCAGAGGAUUUUCUAUCAGAGCAUUUGACUGUUUACACUUUAGUAAAAGACUGUAUUCAAAUAAUUAGCCAAGAUUACAAAGCCAAGAUGCUUGCAAAGCUAGCUGCCAUUUUUAAUUUAGCAUUUCAGUGCACACGCUGGGCAGGAUUUUAAUCAUUUACUAAUGUGCAAGUGACAAUAAUUUGGUUCAUGUGCAAAAAUAAUCAUCUCUUAAUCAAGGUAGAUUUUCUUUGAUUUGAUCACAUAGAGCAUAGACAGCUUUUUAUUUUUUUAUUUGAAUCAUCAUGUGCCACUUCCUCCUAAAACCUCGGACAAAUUCACGUUCCUCAGAGGUGUGUGUGUUGUGUGUGUUUGUGUGUGUGUAAGCUCUGUCAGAUACAGAGGGCAUUCUCAGGUCAAAGGAGAGGUAUGCAGGUACAAAGAAAGCACACCUGUGUAACACACACAUGCACACACACAACUAAUCACACAUAUGUUUGUACACAACCAAAUCUAUAAAUACACGCAAAAAAAAGAACUCCCACAGGACACAGUGAAGUGCACAUCUUAAUUAAUAUCACCCUCAGAGCUGUUUAAAUGUAACAUUGUGAAAUUUGAACCUGUAUUAGGUUGUGGCUAUUAUUGGUAAUAUGUAAACGUAAUAUAAAUGUAAACAGUAUAUAUAACAUUAUAUCUAUUUUUGGAAUAAAUCCAAUGUGUGGAAAGGCGGUUGUUUUGCAGGUUGCGACGUGUGUAUAGCGUAUGUGUGUGUUGUACUGUUGAAAUGAGGCAAUAAUGAUGUCUGUGUUUUGGUUAAUAGCCCAGCAUCAGUUCCUGUUCCUCUGCUACAUGCUUCCUAUGUAGAGGUUUGGGAGUAUGUUAGUGGAUGUGUGUGAAUGUGGGUCAGUAGUCUGCAUUGUCUACUGUGUGUUUUUUUACUUAACAGAUCAUUUUGGUUUAUUGAAGCUUGGGUCUGUUGUCAUUUAGCCUUUUUUUUUUUUUUUUUUGGCUUAUGUGUCUUGUGGUAAGCCAAAACAAAUGUGAACCUGAAUUAUACUAAAUAACAGUCAUUACAAUGCAGAUACAGUGCUGGAUCAAGUUUUUCACAUCACCUGCACAUUUUCUUUAAUAUCACAACUGUGAUCUGCAAAAGAGUAACAGGGUUGUUUUGUAAAUCUGGAUUUUUUUUUAAUCAUUUAAUUCAAAUUUUUAGCUUUUUCUUUCUUUUACAGAAUGCUGUAACAACCCAAUCAUAAUCUAAUCAUAACAUACAGAAGUCACGUUAAAUAACAAUUUAAAAACAAGACCAAGCUUGAUAUAAACCAGAAUUAUCUUUAAGUUUACGUGAGCCAGUCAGUCAUGCUUUACUUUCUCUUUCUCCUCGUCUCUCUCUUUCUCAGGGCAGGAGUUGACUUUAAUUGCAUAAAUGCCUAAGGAAUGAUUUACAUAGAUUGUUUUUAUUUAUUUUGAAAGCACUUUUUCAAGAAGCACUUUUGGUUUGUAUUUGGUGGUGAAAAGUGUCACCACGUUAUUCCCAUCUCAAAGAGGCGGGGACGUUUGACUUGAAUGAGUGAAUCAUGUAGAUAUUUAGAAUAGUUUAUCUUCAAUGCUUUCUGCCAAAGUGUGUCUUCCUGCCAGUUGACAGCUGGCUUUCAUAUCUGUGAAGUAGCCUCUUUCUUGAAAUAGUCGUACAGGUCUAGUUUUAUCUAAAGCAGUCUUUGUUCCUUCUUUAAUGCUUAUUUGAAGUCAUGCAACAGAGUUAUCAGCAGUAGGAGAGGAUGCCACGCAUAAAUAAAAGAUUCAUCAAAGAUCACUGGCAUUUUUUCCUGCUCUAUCAGUACAGAGCUGUUUGAAGUGAAUUGCACAGAGAAGCAAGCAUAGAUUUAAGUCAGGGUAAGAGGAGAAAAAAAACAGGGCUGCUUCUUGUCAGGGUGUGUACAGGGUCAGAAUAUAUCAUCUUGUCUUUAGCUAAACCUCAGCACUGCGUCUGACCCUGGACUUUUUAUUUUUGACAUAUUUGUGUGAGAAUCUGGUGUGUGUAUGAGUGUAGCUAUGAGUAUAUUAUGAUCAUAUGUAUAAUGGGAGGAGGAACAAUACAGUCAUAUUCAAGUGCCAAUAAAUCUGCACAUUAGCUUCAUUCAUCUCAUUUGGUCUAAUGCACAAAGAUGUUCAGACGUCAUUUUCCUAGCUGAUCCUGCCAUACCUGGACUAGUGUACUAAGUGAUACUGAGUACCCCUCUGAUACUAGUGGGAUAUGUGAUAUUGUGGUUCUCAAGAUUAAUUGUGAUUAGGUCCACAGUUAGUGCACUACUUUUUAGUUGUGAUUAAUCACAUGCUUUAUUGUCCCUUUCAACACACUUUUGUUAAGCCACUGCAGUAUCUCCCUUCAGCCACAGUGAUGUAAAAUUAGUUACCACUGCUUCUUUAUUUCCCAUUUCUCUAAGUCCCUGUAAAGUGAAAUCCAAAGUUUGUCUCUUAACACAUUAGAUAUGUUGAUUUAAGGUUGCUGUAAACAUGUGGAAAAACCUUAGAUCUACAUGUUACUAAAUUUUGGAAUUAGACGAUUAGAAAGUUUUUCACCUCUGUCUUGUCUGUUUCAUUUGGGCCAUGGCAAAUGUGUUUUGUUAAUUGUGAGGUAAGCUGACCAAAUCUAUCAGCCGUGCUGGCCUACAGAUCAUUAAAAGCAUCCUAACAGAGUAAUUUGCAACAGAAAUCAGACUUCUUUCUCUGUGCUCUGGUAUAGAGCCAGGCAGUUACGCUCUGGCCAUAGUCCACUGUAAGGUCAGGGGGCAAGCUAAUUGCUGGAGUACUUGUCUAUUUCUCACUUGAACAAAGCGCUGCAGGAACAAACAUUUUACCUGCUGAAGCUGUGUUUACAUCCAAAUAUAACUCGUCUUUGGUCCUGGAUGACUCAAAUAAGUGGCCUGCGGCUCUGUCUCUUGCAAAGCAACGACAAUUCAAUCCCUCCUGUCCGUUAGCAGGGUCGUGCUAAAGAUCUGUAAAGCACAUUACAAUAGACAUGUUCUUUCCCUGCCAAGUCUAUCACAAGUAAAAACCUCCAAUAUAAUUCACCAUUGCAAACUUUUAUUUUGAAUAGCAACAUCAGGGAAUUGAAUGGUUUCAGCUUUGAGAGGAUUGUCUUUCCUGUGAGUGGAGUGGCUUCCGUGCAUUCAGUUGACACGCUCACACCAUCUUAGAACAGCCUGCUUCAUUUUUUAUGAUUUUGAAGCUUAACUUUUUAAAUUAAGAUGUUUCUUAUGACUUAAAUUCGGUGCUUCAAAUCACAGUAGCCUGAUUUAAAACAAACCUAAAUUACAGAUUUUUUAUCACUUUACAGGGACUUUAAAGAACUUGCAGCUCAGUGGACUUGUCAAAAGUCAUCUGCAUCGCUACACUCAAUGUGUUAUUAAACAUUUACCCUUUUACUGUCCCCAUAUUUCCUAUUCAAUCCAUAACAAGUUCCUCUUUUUGUGGUUCAGUCCAUGUCAUAAUCUUCAUUCUACCUGUAAAAGCAGGUCUGUAUUCAAACAGUAGGUCAAUUAUCCUUUAUUGAAGACAGUAGAAAAAUCCAAAAUGACACAAGAACAGUCUUAAAGGCAAAAUAGUGGAUUUUUAAAAUGCACCAAGAAGGAUAUGAUUAAAGAUGACUCACUAGUUGUUAUGUUAAUAACAAUUAAAAAUUUUAAUCCUUCAACAGCCCGUAUAAGUAUACAUUUUUUGAGAGGGAAAACCCCAGAUUGUUUACAUUUUGGCAGAUGUCACAAUCAUUACAUGCUCUGCUAGCAUCACACUUACAUGGCAAUUUACCUGAAACCACAACUGGUAAAGGUGUUGGAUUCCUGCAUUUACUAGCAUUCUUAGUGAAACCCUAUACUACAUUUAAAGAAGUAUCGGAGACUUGUACUCUUAAAUUCUGGUAUCAGUUUCUGCAUCCAUAACAUUAACUGGGUGACAAAUAGUUUCCUGUGUGGCUUCUUACUCUGAGUCUAUUUAAAAUCUGUCUCAUAUCGUAGCUUAUACAGGAGUGUGUGUGUGUCAGUGUGUGGGGGGGGAAGUUGUGUUAAAGACAGCUGUGUUGUAAAAAUGCCUUUUUUUGUAAAGUGGACUGAUGCUGGUGUUUUUUUUUUUCUUUAAUUUAGAGAGUAAUGUGUCUGUUACCUGUUGUCAAUUUAGCUUGUAAAUUCAGAUAUGAUCCUAAUAAAUAUGUCUGACCAA